UGUGCCCGGGCUUAUAUCGAACUUCUUUGAUGUCGGUUAGCGACAUCAAACGGCAUCGCGUCGCUUUCAAUGCAUAUUUAACGCUUGCGGGUGUGCUCCUCUUGAUAUCUCGGUGGUCUCGGAUGAGGUGUGUUGUGACGACAGUCAGUAUCUGGGGAGACUGCUGCUGAUCUCAUGCCAGUGCAUAUAUCCAACAUGCCAAGUCGUGCAACCGCGCAGCUCCCUACCCCGCAGUCACGGCAGUAGCAACAGCUGCAUGCUACGUUGCAAGGACCAGCAAUGCAUUGCCGGCCAAGCUCGCACACCCUCUGCAACCCCAUGCCGUUACAUACCAGGAGCCUUCGGUCCCCAACUGGCCCGACAGCUUUGAUCACCUGGGCGGAGGGCCCGCCUCGCCUUCCUGAAGCGGUAGGUCGCGCGCCCACAGCUGCAGCGGCGGCCACUUGCAGCCAUCACACUGAGGCCUAUCGCCGCCAGAUAGGCCAGAUGCGUCGUUGUUGUCGAGCUGGGGGUGAGCGGCUUGCUGCCAAGUGAGGGGGUUUGCCAACCAUAUUUAGCAUGUCGGUGAAGCCGCCCCAAGCCCGCCACCACCCUCGGGCGCUAAAAGCUUGAAUGCGCCUCCAUCUUGUGGUUUCGGACCAGCUCUUGUGGGCGUCAUUUCCCGAUCACCCCGGGUACACCCUGAUUCUCUUUCCCUCCGUUUUAGGUUGGCCAUGGCGGAGCCCAAGGACCGCGACGACAAGGACAUCGAGGGCCAACGGGCGGCGCCGACGGGCGGAGGCAGGCGGCGUAGCGGCGAUGGCAUCGGCACUGUGGAGACCAAGGCAGCGCACCACGACGCCGGCGACGAUGCAAAGCACGGGAUGGAGGACAACGAGCUCCGCCACAUCGGCACGCUGGACCGGCGGCUCAAGUCGCGGCACGUGCAGUUCCUGGCGCUCAGCGGCGCCAUCGGCACGGGCCUGUUUGUCGGGUCCGGGCAGGCGCUGAGCCUGGCGGGGCCAUUAUCUGCGUUUAUUUCCUACGCCGUCACGGGCUUUAACCUCUACUGUGUCAUCAACUCGCUUGGCGAGAUGGCGGCGUGGUUGCCCAUCCCCGGGGCCGUGCCCGUGUUUGCGGCGCGCUACGUCGACCCGGCGCUGGGCUUCACGCUGGGCUGGAACUACUGGUACCAGUUCGCCAUCGGGGUGCCCAUCGAGGUGACGGUCAGCGCCGUCAUCGUCGACUACUGGGGCGCGCACGGGAUCCCGCAGGCGGCGCUGGUGACCAUCUUCUUCGUCCCCAUGGUGCUCAUCAACUGCCUGCCCGUGCGCGUCUACGGCGAGGCCGAGUUCGUGCUGGGCGCCGUCAAGCUGACCACGAUCGUCGGGCUGAUCGUGCUCAUGUUCCUGAUCGCCGUCGGGGCGAGCCCGUCGGGCGAGGCCAUCGGGUUCCGGUACUGGACAGACCCGGGCCCCAUGAACGAGUACAGCGAGCUGGCGACGGGCGACCUGGGUCGGUUCCUGGCCUUCUUCAAGGUUUUUAUUCAGGCCACCUUUAGCUACGGCGGCAGCGAGAUGGUGGUGGUGGCCUCGGGCGAGACGGAGAACCCGCGCCGCAACAUCCCAAAAGCCAUCCGGCGCGUCUUUUGGCGCAUCGCCAUCUUUUACGUCCUGGCCAUCUUCCUCGUCGGCCUGUGCACGUCGUCGCGCGACCCCAAGCUGCUCAACGCCAUCUCGUCGUCGGCCCCGGGCGCGGGCCAGAGCCCGUUCGUCAUCGCCAUCGACAACGCGGGCAUCAAGACGCUGCCGCACAUCAUCAACGCCGUCGUGCUGUCGAGCGCCUGGUCGGCCGGCAAUUCUUUUUUUUACGCGUCCACGCGCGUGCUCUACUCGGCCGCGCUCGACGGCAAGGCGCCCCGGUUCCUGCGCUGGGAGCGCUUCGGCGUGCCGUACGGCUGCGUGGCGGCCACGGCGGCGCUGGGCUGCCUGUCGUACAUGAGCGUGAGCGAGGGGUCCGUGGCGGCGUUUUACUACAUCUCCAACCUGAGCGCCGUCAGCACCCUUGUCGUCUGGGCCAGCGUCUGCUACACGUACCUGCGCUUCCAUUACGCGCUGCGCCGCCAGGGCGUGCCGCGCGAGGCGAUCCCCUACCGCGCUCGGGGCCAGCCGUUCCUGGCCUACUUUGCGAUAUGCUUCUGCCUGGUGGUCGCGCUGUUCAACGGGUUCGAUGCCUUCUUUCCGGGGAGGUUCAGCGCCAAGACGUUCAUACCGCCGUACAUCAACAUCCCCAUCUUUCUGGCGCUGUUUUUCGGGUACAAGUUUGUCAAGAGGACGAGGUUCGUCGGGCUGGACGAGAUGGACAUUUGGUCGGGCAAGGCCGAGAUUGACCGGCUGGAGUCGACGUGGCCGGUGGUGAAGCCGCGGAACUGGCUGGAGAGGAUCUGGUUCUGGAUUGCGUAGUGUUGCCUUGAUAAUACAUUCUUGUCACUCUUCCCUCCCCGUUUAACCCCAGAACCCCCCACCCCCUAAGCCAUGGAGCACACCACCCCAACCUCAAACUCCUGCGUCAUCUCGAACCCCCCGACGUCCGGGCACGUGGGAUGCUGCAGCGUCGGCCUCACGCGCUCGUCGGCGACGCACCUAUCGCCCAGCCCCCACAGCUGCACGUCCCUGCCGCCGACGUGCACGCCCGCCCACAGCGCAAUCUUGAGCGUCUUUUCCGGCCCGCUCAGGUUCCCCCACCGCCUGCAGUCGGUAAAGGUCUCGCCCGGCGUGCACCCGGCCGACGGCUCGUUGGCGAUGGCGGCCAGCGGCACCCUGCACCAGACGGGCUCGCUCCCGUUCUGGGCAGAGUUGCAGCGCCCGUUGAAGUUGGCCAGGCGCGCCGUGUCGACGGCCGUGGCGCGCGCGCAGCCCACGCGCAGGUCGACGCGCUUGUAGUAGCCGCCGCGGAUCAGGCGGGGCAGCUCGAUGAAGAGGGAGUGGGGGACGGGAGGGGCCGUCGUGCGCGGGUCGCGGUCGGUGCCGGAUAUGGAGAGGUGCGCGCCGUUGGAGGCGGACGGGAUGAG